AUUCUUGUAUGAUAAUAACAGCCGGGAUUAUCUUUAUUACCGAAAGAGAGUUGCUGAACUCCGAAAGGAUCACUCAAAACAUGAGACGCCAUCACGUUCUCAUGGCAGGUGUGUGAGGGCCAGUUGAGUACGGUACGGUAGUAGUGUGAGUUGAGCCCCAGUACUGAUAGGCUGCUUAAAGUCUCCCCCAGUGGACGAGGAGACACAGAGGGUGGCUGAGAAGCUGGCCAUGUUUGUGGCCGAUGGUGGCCCCGAGGUGGAAGCCAUCGCCGCCCAGCACAACCAGGAAAACCCCACCUUCAGUUUUCUAUAUGACCUCCAAAGCCCCGCCCACCGUUUCUACAAGGAGAAGGUGGAGGAGUACCGCCAGGCCAAAAAUGCCCAGAGCCCCCCUCCAAUGAUUAAGCAGGAGCCUGGCGUAGAGCUCAAGAGACCGGCCGCCCCUCCCCUGAUCUAUCCUCCCCCUCCUCCGCCCCCUCACUACCCCUACCUGGUGGGUCAAGUAAAGCUGGAGCCGGGUCUGGGGAUAAAACAGGAAGUGUCAGGUCCGCCCGUGGUGAAGAGGAAGAGGAAGAGCCGCUGGGGAUCGGAGGACGACAAGGUGGAUCUGUCACUGCAACCCAUCAUCAUUCCCAAGGAGGAGGAGCCAGAGCCCAGCCCGUGUCUCUCUGUUAAUGAACUGAGGGAUCUGGGCUAUAAGAAGGGAAAGCCUAUGGGCCUGGUGGGAGUGACUGAGCUCUCAGAUGACCAGAAGAAACAGCUCAAAGAGCAACAGGAGAUGCAGGAGAUGUUUGACAUGAUCAUGAAGCAUAAGCGUGCGAUGGCGGAGAUGCAGGUGAUGUGGGAGAAGGCGUUGCAGGACCACUCCCACGAGUACGACAGUGACGAGGAGGUGGACCAGCAGGCUGGCACCUGGGAGCACCGCCUCCGGCACAUGGAGAUGGAGAAAACACGUGAGUGGGCGGAGUCGCUGACUGACAUGGGAAAGGGGAAGCACUUCAUUGGUGACUUCCUACCUCCGGAGGAGCUGGAGAAGUUUAUGGAGACCUUCAAGGCACUCAAGGAGGGCCGUGACCCAGACUACUCGGAGUAUAAGGAGUUUAAGCUGACGGUGGAGAACCUUGGUUUCCAGAUGCUCAUGAAGAUGGGCUGGAAGGAGGGCGAUGGGCUUGGCUCUGGCGGGCAGGGCAUCAAGACUCCGGUCCACAGGGGAACCACGGCUGUUGACGGGGCAGGGUUUGGCGUGGACCGGCCCUCUGUGCUCUCAGGACAGGACGAUGAGUAUGAUGCUUUCAGAAAGAGGAUGAUGCUGGCCUACCGCUUCAGGCCCAACCCACUGAACAACCCGAGGAGGCCAUACUACUGAAGAAGAGGUCUGAAGCUUGGCUGACUUCGUCAACUUUUCAUUUUUUAAACAACCAACAGUGGCGUAUUGAUUUCUCUUUGUUGUGGAAACAAACUGUAGGACACUCAGUUCAAGUAAUCUCCUCUAGAUUGUGUGGAAUUGUAUGGUUGUUGAUAAACUGUUUAGGCUGGAGAUUAAGGAUGGAUUUGUCUGAUCUAAAGUUGAUGUUCUUACUGAACUGCAGAAUGAAAGUUUCCUAUUUGAUCAAUCGGACGGCUAGGGUAGCGUUGUGAUGGCUCGCUAUCAUGAUCUGAUUUCACAGUCAUGACUCAUAACACAGAACAACCUACACGCACACACAUACAUAAAUAGUGGUGGAAUAAGUACCCGGUUGUCAUACUUGAGUAAAAGUAAAGAUACCUUAAUAGAAAAGGACUGAAGUGAAAUUCACCCAGUAAAAUACUACAAGCGUAAAAGUCUAAAAAUAUUUGGUUUUAAAUAUACUUAAGUAAAUGUAAUUGCUAAAGUAAUGUAAUUGGUUUUUUUUACGAGUAGCCAGGGGCACACUCCAACACUCAAGACAUAAUUUACAAACAAUGCAUGUCUGUUUAGUGAGUCCAUCAGAUCAGAGGCAGAAGGGAAGACCAGGGAUGUUCUCUUGGUAAGUGUGAAUUUCACAAUGUUCCUGUCCUGCUUGCUAAGCAUUCAAAAUGUAAUGAGUACUUUUGGGUGUCAUGGAGACUAUGGAGUAAAAAGUACAUUAUUUUAUUUAAGAAUGUAGUAAAAGUUGUCAGAAAUAUAUAUAUAUAUAUACUGGUACAGAUACUUAUGUAGUACUUUAAAGUAUUUUUACUUAAGUACUUUACACAACUACACAAACAAUUUGAAUUAAGAUUUUUUUUAAAUCAGUUUGAAGGUAAUGAAUGGCUUUGAAAUGAGUUAUUUCUGUACAUGGUUUUGCUAUGGUUGUACAUUGUAAAUGCAACAAAUGUAAAAUGCUUCACUGCAAACAAUAAAAAUAUAUACACUGAACAAAACUAAAUGCAACAGGCAACAAUUUCAAAGAUUUUACUGAGUUACAAUUGAUCAGUUAAUUGAAAUAAAUGCAUUAGGCCCUAUUGGAUGGAUUUCACAUGACUGGGACUACAGAUAUGCAUCUGUUGGUCACAGAUACCUUAAAAAAAAGAUAGGGGUGUGGAUGAGAACCAGUCAGUAUCUGGUGUGACCACCAUUCAUUCGACUCAUGCAGUGACACAUCUCUUUUGCAUAGAGUUGCUCAGGCUGUUGAUUGUUGAAUAUUGUCCCACUCUUCAAUGGCUGUGCGAAGUUGAUGGAUGUUUGCGGGAACUGGAACACCCUGCCGUACACGUCGAUCCAGCGCAUCCCAAACAUGCUCAAUGGGUGGCAUUUCUGGUAUGGAUGUCGGCCAUGGAAGAAGUGGGAAAUUUUCAGCUUCCAGGAAUUUUGUGCAGAUCCUUGUGACAUGAGGUUGUGCAUUAUGCUGAAACAUGAGGUGAUGGCACAACGUUGGUCCUCAGGAUCUCAUAACGCUAUCUCUAUGCAUUCAAAUUGCCAUUGAUAAAAUAGAAUUGUGUUCGUUGUCCAUAGUUUAUGCCUGGCCAUACCAUAACCCCAUCAACACCAUGGGGCACUCUUCACAACAUUGACAUCAGCAAACCGCUCGUCCAUACAACGCCAUACACAACGUCUGCAGUUGUGAGGCCAGUUGGACAUACUGCCAAAUUCUCUAAAACAAUGUUGGAGGCGGCUUAUGGUAGAUAGAUUAAUAUUAAAUUGUCUGGCAACAGCUCAGGUGGACAUUACUGCAGUCAGCAUGCCAAUUGCAUGCUCCCUCAAGACAUGAGACAUCUGUGGUGUUGUGUGACAAAAAGUGGCCUUUUAUUGGCCCCAGCAUAAGGUGUACCUGUGUAAUGAUCACGCUGUUUAAACAGCUUCUUGAUAUUCCACACCUGUCAAGUGGAUGGAUUAUCUUGGCAAAGGAAAAAUGCUCACUAACAGGGAUGAAAACAUUUGUGCAAGAAAAAUAAGCUUUUUGUGCAUAUGGAACAUUUAUGAGAUAUUUUAGAUGAAACAUGGGACCAACACUUUACAUGUUGCGUUUAUAUUUUUGUUCAGUAUCUCUUGAUUGUGUAGUAGUGGAGAAUUUUUGUAGCUGAUCAGUUCCCUCUGGUGUUGACUUGUGGAAAAACAGAUUUUAGUCUGAUUUCAAUUUGUGUAAACUCCAAUUCCACAGUGUUGAUCAGAUAAAUAUAUUUAUUUACAAGAUAAACUGAAUGUCCAUUACAUAGUAUGUCUAAAACACUUAGCCUUCUGUUAGUGAAAAUGUUUCUUUCAACGAGCAAAUAGCAAGUUUGUACUUGCAAGUAGCACAUUUACAUGAUUGUACAGCAUUGCAGGGGUGAAAGGAGAAAUGGUUUAAAUAAAUGUUGUAUAAUUAAGUAAUAAGGCCCGAGGAGGUGUGGUAUAUGCUCAAUAUACCACGGCUAAGCUGUGGUAUAUUGGCCAUAUAUCAUAAACCCCAGAGGUGCCUUAUUGCUUUCAUAAACUAGUUACCAAUGUAAUUAGAGCAGUAAAAAUAAAUGUUUUGUCAUA